AUGGCUCCAGCCAUUCUCGACGGCAGCUCGAUGGAUGACCUGACUAGCGACGGGCGCCUCGCCUCCACCGAGACGAACAAUGCAUGCGUCGACCGCCUCACCCUAUUACGCGCCAUGCCAGAGGCCCCGACGCAAUGCAAUGUGUGCGUCGUGGGAGCCGGUCCUGCUGGUCUGAUGUUGGCUUCGAACCUGGCGCGCAUGGGCAUCAAUGUGCAGGUCGUGGAUGACCGAGCGGACCAGACACCUGUAGGAAGAGCCGACGGAUUACAGCCCAAGACCAUCGAGACCUUCCGCCAAAUGCGACUAGUCGACCCAUUGCUGCAGCGCGGCGUGCGCGUCUACGACAUCGCCUUCUGGCGGGGCACAGCCGACCAGCCCCUGCACCGACUGGGUCGCGAAGUGCACUACCCGCCUGUUAUCGACGUGCUCGACCCUUAUAUCCUGCUGGUGCACCAGGGAAUGGUGGAGAGCUUGUUCAUCGAGGACAUGAAGAAGCGCGGCAUCGAGGUGAGGAGGAACACGGCGUUCGAGUCGUACAGCGUCUGUGACGCUCUCACGAGCAAGGUCGGCGCGGCUCUUCAAAUCAAUUGCAGAACCAAUGUCACCCAGGACCGGAGGACAAUUCUGUCGCAAUACUUAGUUGGAUGCGACGGUGCCCACUCAAAGGUGCGAAAGAGCAUCCCCGAGGCGAAACCCGUGGGCAUGUCCCAACCUGCCGUCUGGGGUGUCCUGGACGGCGAACUUGAGACUGAUUUCCCCGACAUCUGGUCGAAAACACUAGUAUACUCACAAGAGCACGGCUCAAUCCUGAUCAUUCCCCGAGAAAGGAACAUGACUCGAUUCUACAUCGAGCUGAAGAGCGGGCCGAAGAGCGCUGACAGGAGUAAGGAGCUUGGACAAGAGUUCGUCAUGCAAAGGGCGAAGGAAAUUAUGGCGCCUUUCGACGUCAACUGGAAGUAUAUUGAGUGGUUUGGACGGUAUCAGAUCGGUCAGAGAGUGGCGAGCCGCUUCUGUGACGGGCAUCAUAGAGCUUUCCUAGCCGGAGAUGCUAGCCAUACACACUCUCCCAAGGCCGCGCAGGGCAUGAACACCUCUAUGCACGACUCUUGGAACCUUGCGUGGAAGCUGAACUACGCUGUACGAGGAAUGGCCAAGCCAGCGUUGCUAGAAAGCUAUGAGGAGGAGCGGAGGAAGAUUGCUCUGGACUUGGUCAACUUCGAUUACGAACACGCCAACCAGAUCGCGGGCGGAGACGCCGUUGCACUGGCUGAGAACUUCAAGACCAACGUCCGCUUCAUUUCAGGCAUCGGCGCCGAGUAUAGCGAGAACGCCAUCAACAUGCAGGAGAGCCAGACCUGGGUUAUGGGUGAAGCCAAGCCCGGCUGUCUCCUACCCCCUGCCAAGGUGACCCGCUACAUCGAUUCCAACCCUGUAGAUGUUCAACUCGACAUCCCUAUGCUGGGACAAUUCAGGAUCUACCUGCUCAUGUGGGAUGUCCACCAGUCGCGAAUCUUCCUAGACAAUUUCUGUCAGGCGAUCGCAGCUGAUAACUCCUUGGUGAGCCAGCUGUCCGCCGCUGCAAGCAGGUCCUAUGCCCAGCAACCGAGGUUGCCAGCUUCUGAGGAUAUCUACAUGCGCCCUGAGAGAUACACGGCGGUCAGCCAUCUCUUCACCUUCGGCCUCAUUACGACCAUGCCCAAGAGUGAUAUUGAACUCACAGACCUCCCCCCUCUACUACAAGAUAGUCGGUGGACCUUCUAUCUCGAUGACAUCCCUGAGCUAGACACCCGAGGAUCGCUAUGCACUAACAAGUGGCUUGGAAGCCUCGGCCCAGGAGAGGUCGCCAUUGUCAACGUGCGACCGGAUGGCUACGUCGGCUCGAUAGGCAGAUGGGACUCCAGCAUUGAUGAUGCGGGAGAAGAUGCUGCUAGGUGGCUGGACACCUAUUACGACAGGUUCCUCCAAGUGCCAAACGGGGCGAACUGA